AUGAAGAUUUCUCCACAUGGUUUGGUUUCUCUUUUCUCAAUCAUCCUUUUGUUAGGAUUCGCCUCGUCUCUCCACAUCUCUCUUGAUGAAUUUGAGUCACACCCAGCCACAAGCCGAGCUCUUCUUCGGGAAAAGAAACCAUGCAAAGAAGAUUUUGCGAACAAGGAUUACACAAUCAUAACGAGUAGAUGCAAAGGACCAAACUAUCAAGCCAAUGAAUGUUGCUCGGCCUUCAAGGAAUUUGCCUGCCCAUACGCGGAAGCUAUUAGCGAUAAAACGACAGAAUGUGCCGCCGAAAUGUUCUACUUCAUUGAAAUCUACGGUCAUUAUCCUCUGCGAUUAUUCGUAGACAUGUGUUCAGAAGGCGAAGGUGGGAUGGAUUGCACCAGCGUCAACGCCACCUCUCCGUCUCUUCCUCCUGCAUAA